CUUCUGCUCACCUUCCCUCUUGUGGGCCCUUCUCUCGAAAGGGCUAUGUCGUCGGCAUCGGCUUCGGCCGCUCUGCAGUACCUCUCGGAGCGAGCUGAAGAUGCGGCCGAAGCGGUCAAGGGGUUUGUGGGCGCCGGCUCUUCGUCCACGUCGUCUUCCCGCUACACCAAUUUCGACGAGUCGCUCGUGCGAAGCCAGCUCGAGUCGGAUCGCGACGACCAGAAGCUCGAGGGACUGAGGGCAGUGGUUGCUGGGCUGUCUUCUCCAAUGUCGGCGACAAACGCGUCGUUGCUACCGUCAGUAUUGAAGCUCGCGGCGAGUCCAAACGUCGAGAUGCGCCGCCUGGUCUAUGUCGUCCUGAGGAGGUAUGCCCAUCGACAGCCAGAUGUUGCCCUGCUUUGCAUCAACUCGCUCCAACGGGACCUUUCGGACAGCAGCCCCAUGGUGCGAGCCAUGUCUUUGCGCGUCCUCAGUGGCCUGCGCGUCCCCGUCGUCGCCUCCGUCGUGGAGCUGGCCAUCUCCAGAGCGAUCAAGGACCAAAGCUUCUACGUGCGCAAAGUGGCCGCCUUGGCUCUCGUCAAGGUGAAACCCUUGAUCGCCACCUCAACGCUGGAAAGAUUCGUCAAGACGCUGCUUCAGGACCGUCACCCUGCCGUGCUGGCCUGCGCUCUCGUCGCCUUUCGUAGCGUCUCAUCUAUGCCGCCAGACUAUUCGCUGUUGCAUCCUCACUACCGAAAAUUGUGCCAUGCCCUGACCGACAUGGACGAGUGGGGCCAGCAGGUGGCAAUCCACGUUCUUGGCUCCUAUGCUCGGCGGUGUCUAUCACGACCAAAGGACGAAGAAGAUGGCAAUGGACAAAUGGACGUCGACCUCAAGCUCCUGAUUAAUAAAGCCGAGGACCUCUUGGCAAGCAGGAAUGCAGCCGUAGUCACGGCAGCUACGCGGCUCCUAGUGGCUGUAGCUCCCUCGAAGCAGUACCACGGCUCGGCUUCGAGGGCUCUGACCCACCUCGUCUCGUCCUCAUCCUCACUUCCAGAGGAGGUCUACGUGGCCCUCUUGCACUGUAUGCUGCUCCUCUCGAGCGACACAAUAGCCGACUUUGCUGCCGAGAUUGAUGCAUUUAUUCCGCGCUCAUCCUUCAUCGAGCCGGGCUAUGUGACGGUGGUCAAGCUACAGAUCCUUGCUCGACUGGCGCCGUCGUCCAGUGCAAGUGCACGUCUUGUUCUCACCGAGCUCUCCGAGCAGGCACAAUUCCACCCCAACGUCGAUGUGGCGCGCACAGCCGUCGAUCUCAUUGGGCAGCUUUCCACCGUCAAUGAUGCUUCUGCCUGCCUUGACGCGCUUCUCUCGCUCCUUGGUCAGCGCGGCGCCAUCGUAGCAAGCGCUGUCGAUGUAGUGUGUCGAUUGGUCUUUGCUCGGCAGCAGCAGCAAGACGACCAGACAACGUCGACGAUCAUCGCAAAGCUCGCAUCCCUCCUCUUCGAUGGUCAGCGGCCUCCAGCUGUGGCAGCCAAGAUGGCCGCACAGGGAAAGAGGCCCAAACUCGUCGCUUCAAAAGGGACCGUCUCUCAACCUACUGCUAGGGCAGCGCUGUACUGGAUGUUGGGACAGUACUGUAGACUGACGAUCAAGGUGCGAGAUCAAGCAGGCAACAGCACCAUGACGGCGACGCUAGCCGAGACCGUCGUCGCCGACAUUGUCAGGAGAGCUGCUCUGAACUUUGCAAAAGAGGACAAAGCGGCUCGGCUUCAGAUUAUCACCCUCUCCACGAAGCUCGACGCCUUUCUGCCGACGAUCUCCAGCAUGGCCAUCCUGACGCCUGAGUCUCGCAAGGCUCUGAGCCUGCUUCACACCUACCUGCUCCAGCUGGCACGGUAUGACGCAGAUAUCGACGUGCGUGACAGAGCGAGGCUCUGCAAGGCUCUUUGCUUGUCGCUGCAGCAGCAGGACAACGCGUCUUCAGGCGAGGAGAAAGAGGGAAAAGACAAGGGCGACGGUGCAGAGGAAGAUGGCGACGAUGCGAUGACGAUGCUCGGAGGUGUACGAUUGCGAAGGCCGCAGAUUCUGCACGUUUUGUUCGAAGGGCGGCCAAGUGAGGAUAGCUCGCGAGUGUCAAACGCGUCGGCGGCGGACGUGCCGCAGAGGGAGGCGGCUUCGCUCGAUGUUCUGAGCUAUCUCUCGAGGAAGAAGCGUGGGAAAGACACCUCGAUCUCCUCUUCUUCUUCCCAUCAUACCGAGAAGCGAGCGGAGUUUGACCACUUUGACUUUCCGCCGUGGAACGAGGGAGGCGACGGAGCUCUGCCGCCCACCUCGGUGCGAGAGCCACAGAUCGAAGGUCCUUCCGUCCUGGCACUCAACACGGGCAAGAGCUUUUCUUCGGCCGCUGUGGGCAAUGCGGCCGCGUCGGGAUCCGGAAACAGGGAGAAGCUCAUACCAGUCGAGAGCGUCGACGAGGAUGAGACCAAGGAGAGGCAGCGGGUAGGCGGGAGCGGUAGCAAAUACAAGGACCUCGAUGCGUUCUUGGACGAGGAGAGCGAGGAGGAAGAGGAAGAGCCAGCGCCAGCUCUAAGAGCGACGAGAACCUUGCAAGCAAAAGAGGAGGAAUUGGAGGAGGAGGAAGAGGGGGGAGAAGAGGAAGAAGAGGAAGAAGAGGAGGAGGAGGAGGAAGAAGAGGAAGAAGAAGAGGAAGAGCAGAGUGAAGAGGAAAGCGAUGAGGAAGAAGGACUAAGCAGCGGGAGAAACAUACCAGCAACAAGCAGCACAGCUACGCCGACACUAGCGCUCACAAAUGAGUGGGCUGAUUGAAUAGAAAUGCGAUACAGUGCUGCCAUUC